AUGGGGCAGGCCUACAAGCUAGUGGGCUCAUCUGAGACACAUACAGUUUAUGCAGGGGAACUAAAGGGGAUUGACACGGCACUCCAAAACCCACCACACAACGAAGAUACACGUGAAGCCACGAUCUAUACGGAUAACCAAGCUGCGAUACGCGCCAUACACCAGCCAGGGAGGUCUUCAGGGCAGUAUAUCCUCCGACGGAUAUGGGUGCUAGAGCAUGAAGGGGUCCCAGGCAACGAGAAAGCAGACCAGCUUGCGAAGCGUGCCGCAGUCGAGGCGACAUGGCGCACACGAGAGAUUACUCGCAUAGCCCGGAUCAAUGCACCCAACCAGGCCAUGCCACACGCCGCACGGAUCUCAUACGUCCCAAAUCAGUCAACUAUCCUCGUUGCUGUGUGCCACCAAAGACUACGGGAGGGCUUCGUGAACCGGUGGAAAGACUAA